AUGGCAAACGGUGGCAUGGCUUCGUUCCAAGUCCCGAUGCUUAAGGAAAGCAUCUACGACAACUGGAGUAUCAAGAUGAAGGCACUCCUUGGAGCGCAUGACGUUUGGGAGGUUGUGGAGAAAGGCUACGAUGAGCCAAGUGAUGAGUCUAUUCUAUCCACAACACAAAAGGAUAGCUUACGAGACUUACGAAAGAGAGAUAAGAAGGCUCUCUUCCUCAUCUAUCAAGCUUUAGAUGAAGAUGGUUUUGAGAAGAUCUCAAGUGCUACUUCGGCCAAACUAGCAUGGAAGAAGCUCGAGGUUUCAUAUAAGGGAGAAGAGAAAGUUAAAAAGGUACGACUUCAAACUUUAAGAAGUCAAUUUGAUGUUUUGCAUAUGAAAGAAGGCGAGUUGGUCUCCGAUUACUUUUCUAGAGUCAUUACCAUUUCUAAUCAACUAAAAAGAAAUGGUGAGAAGUUAGAAGAUGUGGCUAUCAUGGAAAAGAUCCUCAGAUCGUUAGAUUCAAAAUAA